CACACCGUUGCCCUGCCUUCCAAGCUCGCUUCUUCACCCCCUUCAGUUGUAUCUCGCCCCGUCCGUCCCUACUCUUCGUCCACGGGACCCGCUUGCCAACAAGAGCACGAGCAGCAGCAACGAGCACCAAGAAAGAAACCACGAGCAGUUGUUCUUACACCGACUUGUUCGGGCCUCCUUUCAGUUAGUAGGGGUCUCUGAAUCAUUCCUAGUUAGGAUUUCCGAGCAUUGAAGCGGCCAUAUCACCGUUUUUUUUGCAUGCCUUAAGCUUCUUUUUGGAAGCAACCGCUUUUGCGAGACUGGCCGCAGGACGAACACCUUUUCCCUCGUGCUGUGCGGUUUUUACCGCAGGCCGGUGCAUGCGCGUCACGAUUUCCCCCGUAUGGAGUAGAAUCGUCUCUUAGCAGCAGGAUUCGAAGAAGGGGCAUUUUUUUCCUUAUUCGAGUUCUUCCUAGUAGCUACCAGCCAAAAUGCGUCCCCAUUCACGACCUUUCUCAUGUGACCUCUCUUUAAUACCAAAUAGCAUCGGAAGCAACGUAAUGCCGUUAUUCCUCCUAUUAGUCACCCUUCACACCACCUCGCCAGUUAGACCAGCCGAAGCGGUCAAAACUGCCGUAUAUCGCCACGCGGCAGUACCAGGCGCGUUGCAUCGAUCGCAGCAAGACGCGCGAUCGCUUAUCGAGCUCCACGCGACCUUCGAGCUACAGCAACGGCAGCGGCAGCAGGAGAGGCAACAGUCGAGCGACCGGCCCUACCAGCAGCAGCGCGUGGGGCGGCAUCUGCUGCAGUCGGUGCUGUCGCCAGACGGGUCGACCGUGGUCAAUGCGACGGGGUCGGUUCUCGCGAAUGCGACAAUUCUUCUUGCGACGGAUCGCACGCGUCGCAUCAACCCGAUCAACGAGUUCAAAUACUACAUCGGCGGGUGGAACCUGUCGUCCAACGACUACUGGGCCUCCGUCACGUUCUCCGUGGUGUACGCGCCGGUGAUCGGCUUCGCGUGGCUGCUCUUCGGGGUGGGCUUCGUGCUCUUCCUGCUCUCGCUCUUCGUCUUCUUCCGCGCGCGCUGGGACCAGAUGCGCGACCCCGCCGCGCACGUGUACUCGCCGCAGCACAUCUCGUUAUUGCUAUACGCGCUCAUCGUGGGCGGCAUGAUUGUCAUCACGGGAUUCGGGUUGAUGAUUGGCGGGAGCGUGCAGCUCAACGACAGGCUGGGCGAAAUCGGCGACUACACGAUUAGGGUUACCAACGCGACGACGACGGCGGUGUACAACGUGGCGUCGGCCAUCCAGGUCACCGCGGGCACAAAGAUCAACCAGCAGCUCUUACCGCCGGAGCAGCGGCUGCAGAUCUUCGAGUUCUCCAAGAGGGUGACGUCAGCGGCGCUGGAGCUGAACGACGUCAUCACGAACAGCGACACCGAGCUCCGCGCGUUCGGGAAGAGCAUGUCCACCACUGUGUUCGUGGUGGGGUGCAUCGCCUUCGCCUUCGUUGUGCUCACCGUCGUGGCUGCCGUUUUCCAGUGGGCCACAUUCUCACACGUCAUGUGCACGCUCGUGUGGAUCACAGCAUUCGUCACAUGGUGCAUCGUGGCUGUCUUCCUCGCCGUUGUAACUGUGAGCGGGGACACCGAGUAUGCAGUGAAGGACGUGACCCUCUACCCAUCCCUCCACACCGCAUUCAACCGCUGGGUGCCGUGCCUCAACGAGACCAAGCUGGGGGACGCCGCUAGGUUCGCCCGCUUCACCGCGUAUGACGUCAUCUCCUUCACCAACGGCGCCGUGCAGGGCAUGUACCCCCAGCUCUUCCCCCGCCUGAACGCGUCAGCGGGCAUCUGCUCGCCCUUUGGGCCGGGCCCUGACUACUUCUACAACGCGUCCGUCUGCCCGCCCAAAUCCAUCAGCUUCCGCCAGUUCAAGGAGCUGCUCCCCCAAGUGACCUGCCCCGACACGGGGUGCCCUCGACCCAAGGGCAAGGCGCCUGUGGACCGCGUGCCAGCAGCAGUGGCCAAGGAGCUGCAGAUGGCGUGGAUGUCGGUGGACCGCCUAGACGGGUCUGUGCCGCUCGUAGCUGCGCUCACCAACUGCUCGCACGUCUCCAGUGUGGCGAGGUAUGUAGGCGGGUCAGCAUCGGGAGUGCAGAACGCCGCAACGCUGCUGUGGAGCGGGGCCAUGGUGCUGGCAGUGGGCGCCAUGGUGGUGGCCGUGGCCGCCCCUCUCUAUGUCUUCCGAGCCAUGCGGUGCCUGCCGGACGGGGACAAGGGGGACAGUCUGUACAAGUCACACGAUGCUUCAGGCCUACCCACAGCCGUAGUCGGACCUCCAGUCCUAACCUACGCCGCAGGCUCGGCCCAAGGCUACCCCCAGUCCUCUUCCCAGCCUUACCCUCCCCCCCAGCCACCUUACUCGUUCGCCCAAUACACGGCUCCGCCAACCACCGACUCCCUCCCACCCCCCAACCAAUCAUACGCGCACACCCAAGGCCCAGAGAGCGCAGCUUUGCCCCGGGACGACUCCAUGGCUCGAGACGAGUCCAUGCCUCACGACCCCUCGUUCCCCCGCGAUGCCUCAAUCGUCAACGACUCCUCCCAGUCCGCCCUCAUUCAAUCAUCCCAAAGCGAUGCGUCCGGGCGGAUAACUGUGUCCGCCCACCCAGAUAGUACGACACAGCCUUUUGUGGGGCACCCCGGGGGGGGGCACGUGGGGGGAACAACAGCGAACAACAGUGGCCCGUACAACAUGCCGACAGGGUUCGGUGCAAGUGGGUACGGAAGCAGCUAUGGGUAUACUGAGUUUAGGUAGUUGUAGGCUAACCCAAGUAAUAAAUUUUGACGUUAAUGACUUCAUAUAUAUGUUUCUAUGUUUGCCUCGUUGUGUUGAGGCACGUAUAUUGGUAUAGGCAAACUCCUUUGACUCGACAUUGUUUCA